UUUCCUUCAACACCUGCCUCACUGACGUUAAUCCCGGCCCAAUCCAUUACCUUGUGGUAAAACUUUCUUGCUAGCUAUCGAUAGCUCACAAAUCGUGAUGGAUAUGGAGAUCAAAAUCCAGGAAGGGCUGCAGAAAGCUCGUGGUCCAGCCACUAUCCUUGCACUUGGCACAGCCAAUCCCGCAAACAUCAUCCACCAGGCGGACUUCCCCGAUUUCUACUUCCAAGUAACCAACAGCGACAACAUGACCCUCUUGAAAGAGAAAUUCAAACGUAUUUGUGACAAAACCAUGAUAAAGAAACGCCACAUGGUCCUAACUCGAGACCUGCUCGAGCGGAACACUAACAUGUGCGCUUACGGGGCAUCAUCUCUUAAUGCACGCCAAGACAUUCUUGUGCCCAUGGUACCUGAGCUAGGAAAAGAGGCAGCAUUGAAGGCUAUUAUUGAGGAGUGGGGCCUACCGAAGUCGAAGAUCACGCACCUCAUAUUCCACUCAACCUCAGGUGCGCACAUGCCGGGAGCCGAUUACCAUAUCAUCAAGCUCCUGGGCCUUCAACUGAACGUGAAGAGAAUCAUGAUGUACCAGCAAGGAUGUUAUGUUAGUGGCACUCUCCUGAGGAUGGCAAAGGACAUAGCCGAGAACAAUCCUGGCGCGAGAAUCCUUGUUGUAUGCUCUGAGAUAACACUUGGUGCCUUCCACGGGCCAUGUGAGGCAGAUUUAGAUUCACUGGUGGGCCAAGCAAUUAUUGGUGAUGGAGCAGCGGCACUGAUCAUCGGUGCUGAUCCAGAUGCAUCAUUCGAAAGGCCAUUGUUCCAGCUGGUUUCUGCUUUGGAAACUAUUAUCCCCGAUUCAGAUGGUGCGAUAGAAGGACCCUUGAGUGAAAUGGGGCUCACUUUCCAUCUGUCAAAGGGCGUACCCGCGUUAAUCUCUAGUAAUAUUGAGAAGUUAUUGGCGGAUCUGUUGGGACCUUUUGGGAUAGUAGGGGACUGGAACUCACUGUUCUGGGCCAUCCAUACAGGUGGGCGGGCUAUACUGGACGGGAUCGAGGCAAAGCUCGGAUUGAACCAAGACAAGCUGCAGGCGACCAGGCAUGUGCUGGGUGAGUAUGGAAACAUGGGCAGUGCAUCAGUUUUCUUUGUUCUAGAUGAGGUAAGACGACGAUCUGCGACGGAAGGAACCAGAAAGGUGGUGACGGAAGGCGGUGCUGGAGGAAGAGGGAACAAAUGGGGGAUCUUGCUUGCCUUUGGAGCUGGUCUCACAGUGGACGCAGUUCUGCUUCUUAGCAUCCCCACUGAUCCAAUUCCUAACUAGAAGCAAGUGGGGAACAAAUCCAAGUUAGCAUGUGUGCCGUUUGUGCGUCCCGAGCAACAAGCUCGGUAGAUUUUGCUAUUACUCUCUUUUUCUUUUUCUUUUCGGUUACAAUGAGAGACUCAUAACCUAAUACAAGGAAAUGGAAAGAAAAUCUAAAUAAAGGGGUACGGGAAGUCUCACCGAUGAGAAUCAAACCUGAAACAUCUAAAUUACCAGGUGAGGGUAUUAGCCACUGCACUACACCCCAUUUCUAUUACUCUCUUUUUACUUUGAGUGUAAUCUGCGAGCUUUCCUUAACCUGUUGGUUGAUACUCCCGUUCAGAAGUCAGCUGUCCUUAAUUGAGCUAUCCUUAAAAGACGUCAGUGGUUGAUGGUGCAAGUGAGACUGCUCUAAUUGAUGAGUGGCAUGAAACG